AUGGCUUCACUUCCGCCUCAGUCCACUUCCACUGGCCGACGACGGCAGCCGAGUUCCGAGCAACCUCAAAGCGAACACAGCUCAUUUGACCACGAAACUGAUUCGUAUAUGAGUACAUCGGACUCCUUUAGCGAUGAUCAAGAAUCUACACCUGCCCCAGUUUGCCCACCUAGCUCAUCCUACUUGGCCAAUUCAGAGGCCAGGCAAGCUACCGAAUCUUCCUCACAAGAAGAUCAGACCAGUGAUGCAGAUAGCCCUACCGAAACACAAACUAGCAAUAUAUCAGCCUCCACACCCAUUCCAAUUAAUGAAAACGAGCCUAAAAAGUGUUGGAUUUGUUAUACUGAUGAAACGGAGGACUCGCCGCUGAACUCAGAAUGGCGAUCGCCUUGCCCGUGCGCACUAUAUGCCCACGAAGCGUGCCUUCUAGAUUGGCUAGCAGACUUAGAGAAUCCAAAGUCACGACGGUACGGUGGUCGAUCGGCAAAAAUGAAUUGCCCCCAGUGCAAAUCGGAGAUUGUCAUCGCUAGACCGAAGAAUAUUGUGGUGGAGAUGAUGCGGAAAAUUGAACAACUAGCUGGACGACUAGUUUUACCAGGGGUACUAUUUACUCUAGCCGGCACUGUCUGGGCUGGCUGUUGUGCGCAUGGGGUGUAUUCAAUGUACCUCAUUUUUGGAACAGAGGAGGCAAGACAAAUAUUAGACAGCGGGCCUAGGCGGUGGAAUCCCAGAGUGAACCUAGGACUGCCCGUUAUUCCUUUAACACUUAUCUUCUCGCGGACGAGAUAUGCAGAAAGCUUGCUGCCUGCCAUUCCUGUACUAUUCUUCGCCACGCAGCGUGCUGGGGAUACGCCUGUGGUAGAUCUGGAUUUAUGGCCUCCAAGUGCGUCCGUAACGUUCGCGGCACUUCCAUAUGCAAAGUCAUUCUAUAGCAUACUAUACGAGAGACUAUUUGGCAAAUUAGAACGGAAAUGGAUAGCCGAAGUUCAACCUCGGGCGGGGGAGAACGAGGAAAGUACACAAGAAGCACAGAAUCAAAACAACAACGGUAACCAACAUCCUAGGCCUGCUCCUGAAAAUGGCGAUGAGCUUUUGAUGGAAAUUGGCCUCGAAUUGGAAUUGGGUAUUGGAGAAGGCGAAGAUCCACCCUUUGCCAUACAAGCUAUUGCUCAAGGAGGAGAGGAUGCAGCGCAAGCAGACAAUCCACCAGGCGAAGCACAAAAUCAGUUCCUUGGACGGCGUCAAAACGAGCUAAUCCAUGAUACUAGCAGUAUUGCUGACACAGUGCUCGGCGCAUUGUUCUUUCCCGCGCUCUCUGCCGGUAUGGGUGGAUUAUUAAAAUUUACUCUACCAAGAUCAUGGACAACACUGCCAGCAUCGUUUGAUAAAAGUCGGGCAACCUUUCUCCAGACCAGAUGGGGAAGAAGCGUUCUUGGAGGCUGCCUAUUUGUUUUACUAAAAGAUGCAUUGGUACUCUAUUGCAGAUGGAAGCUGGCACAGGCACAUCGCAAACGACGGGUAUUGAAUUAUGACCGGGUUCAGAAACGCGUCGUUAACUCGUGA